ACCACCCAGGCUGGGAGUACAGCCAGCCAGCCAGCCAGCCUCAGGAACAUCCGUACACCACAUACGUUCUUCACGAUCCACCUCGACACUCGCCGCAAUGCCAGCCCCAAAACCUCCCUUGCCGCUAGAAGACGCGAAAGUCCUCGCCAACGACCUCCUCUCCACCCUCCCCUCUGCAUCCUACCCGGGCUUCUCACGUCAUGCUACAUCCCCCACCGUCAAGCUUAUCUCGGCAGAGCGGCUAGACAAGAAUGGCAAAGAGGCAUCACCAGAGGAUGUUCAGAAGAGCAAGUUCCAUGGCAGGAUGGUGUUUCGCAUGAAGGCAGAGCAGUACAUGAUGAAUGAGAUUGGCAGUAUGCACGGCGGCUGCGUAGCCACUCUGGUGGACAAUCUCACUAGCGUAGCCAUCUACCUACAUAUAGCAGACACGGAGCCGACGACGCCCUGGGCCUUUCUGGGCGUCACAUCAUCCCUCUCGGUAGUCUAUCUAGCCGCCGUACCCCUCGAUUCCUGGUUCGAAGUCGAGUGCAGCGUCCUUUCCAUCGGCAGCAGAAUUGCCGUAAUCACUGCCGACUUUUGGUUGCUCGAGGGACCAGAGGGAGGCAGAGUGAAAAAGACGGCAGUGGGCACACAUACCAAGGUGGAUAAUUCCUUUGCCAACAAACUAUGAGGGCGUGGGAACGGGAGUGCCUGGCAAGGCGCAUUAGAUCUCAGGGCAUUUUCCCGUGUGCUAUCAGUAAUCCCCAGAAUGUACAUAUAUAUAUAUCCGC